UAGAGGACCCCUCCUCGAUUUAUCCUUUAACCGGCGGGUUUCCUCUUCCGGCUUAACUCUUCGAUCCUUGUCCCUCGAUCCUUGGCCCCAAAAGUUUCCAGCUUUAAUCCCGCUGGACCUUGUACGGUGUUUCGAAUAAAAAUGAAUUUAUCCUCGAGUCGACUUUUUAAUUUUCAAUUUUUGAAAUUUUGAUAAUUUGAAAUUUGGAAAAAUACCAAAAUCUUAGUAAUUAUAGAAUUUUGGAAAAAAAGAGAAAAAUCUUCCACAAAAUUUGCAUUGUUCGGUGAACCAUCCGGUUAAAGAAAAAAAAACAAAAAAAAAAAGAAGCAAUUCGAAAUUUAAAAUAAAAAAUUGCUUCGAAUUCUUCGAUUAUCGAGAAUUUUGAAAAAAAAAAAAGGAGUAUUUUUUUUUUUGAGAAAUUUUGAAACGAAAUUCGUGUCGUCCAUUCCAGAGGAAUCGUUUAGAGGAUUUUGAAAAAAAAAAAAAGAAAAAGAACUUGUUUCGGAUUACCAAAUUGUGAAAAAUAUAAAUUGAAGCUGUCUAAUUAAAGGGAUGCAGACACAAAGAAGGUGACUGUUCGUGGUUUGAUCGAUUCUCGAAGGAACUCAUGAAAAACCUACUCCUCGUGUGGUCCAAUCAGUGCGAACAAUUGAUUUGCAAAUAUUACUGUGUUAUCUAUCUAUGUGAUCACUUUUUUUUACAAUGUAAACCAAUGACGCGUCGAAUUCUGAGCGUCAGACUCGUUGAUUCUCAAAAGUUUAGAGUGUAACGAUGGAUCAAAGCCAGGGAAAAAGUGAAGGUCUUAGUGCGAAACGAUAGUUCUUUUUUUUUUUUUAAACGGGGGUGGUUUCCUUCCAUUUUGGUCCCAGAAUGGAGAGGAGAAGAAUGCCAAGGAGAAGAGGCCUUUCCUCCGCGGAAAUUCGACAAGAAUUAUCAGUAAAUGCGUCCACACAACAAUCGGAAGUAAUAGCGAGGUUACUGCCUAUCAACGGGAACCCCGAGAUCACAGGAUGCAAAGAUCGACCUCAUAUUUGUGGAAAAGAAGCAGCAUGUCGUAGCUUUAAAGACAACACAUCCAAAUGCGUCUGUCCGCACGAUCUAUCCCCACCAACAACGGAUUUGAAAUGUCCAAAUCGUCUAAUAGUUCCCCUAACACCUCGACCUAUACCCAACAUAAUCCCUCCAAAUGGUAACUCUACCAACAGUACGACUGCUCUUCCAGAAGCAGAACAGUAUUUUCAUACUGUUCAACAGGCAGAGCGUGUGAGACAAAAGGUACCUGAAAUAAUAGGAAUCACCAUAGCAUUCGUCGCGGUAUUAGCAAUAUUGUUGAGUAUAGUCUACUGCGUGAAGAAAAGAAGUUAUAACGUGAAAUCACAGAGGAAUUCUCUGGAUGGAACACCGAUGAAUCUGAAAAAGGGAUUGCUGCUAGCGAAUAAGUACACACCUAACCCACAGUAUUUCAGUUGCGCCUCGCCGGAAGUGUCGAUUCUGCAACGUGAGUCUCUUGCAUUUUUGCAAGAAAUCGGCGAAGGAUGUUUUGGAAAAGUAUAUAAAGGAGAAUUAUGUAUUGGAGAUUCGAAAGAGAUCGUCGCUAUAAAAGUUUUAAAAGAGACUGCACCGCGAGAAGCUGAAGAAGAUUUUAUGCGAGAAGUCGACAUCAUGUCCACUUUUGGGCAUAGAAAUAUUUUGUCGUUGAAAGGUGCAGUGCUCCGUGAAGGUAAUAGUAGUCCAUGGAUGGUUUUCGAAUACAUGCCGUAUGGAGAUCUCGCUGAAGUUUUACGAUCGAACUCUCGACAAUUUAAUAGAUCGCCGAAACCUGAGAUGCAACCUUUAACUGAGGAGUCUUUACAUUGGAUAACAAUCCAAAUUGCAGCUGGUAUGACAUAUUUAUCGGGUCAAAGAUUCGUUCAUAGAGAUUUGGCAUGCAGAAAUUGUCUAGUUGGUUAUGAUUUCAUUGUUAAAAUAGCAGAUUUUGGAAUGUCACGAGAUGUUUAUACUUGCGAUUACUAUAAGAUAAAAGGUUCUAGACUUUUACCAAUCCGUUGGAUGUCACCGGAAAGUGUAAUGUAUGGACGAUUCACAUUGGAAAGUGACGUAUGGAGUUUUGGCGUUGUUCUAUGGGAAGUCUAUUCCUUUGGCAAACAACCAUAUUACGGACAUAAUAAUGAAGAAGUAGUGAAGCUAAUUUUUCAAGGCAUAAUGCUUAUACCUCCAGAAGGAUGUCCACCAUUUGUCUGCCAAAUAAUGCGAGAAUGUUGGAAAACUGAUCCUAAGGAUAGAAUUAAAUUUCCGGAGAUAUUAGAAAGAUUGGAGAAAGUUAAAGUUAAGUCAAUUCAAGAUACGUUACCAAGGCCACCUCAAGGUCCAGUCACUAUUCGUACACCAGACGUAUUAGAUCCUGAUGGCUAUUUAUUACCAGCACCGGCAAAACCCCACGAAUACUUGCAAACUUUACCAUCUUUGUCCGAUUGAUAUUGAUAAAAAUCAUAUAUGUUAACAGAAGUUCAUAAAAUAAUUAAAAUUUCUAAAUUGGGAAAAAAAAAUAGGAUCAAAUAAAUCGAUAAAAUUCGUUGCAAUUUUCUUAAAAA